CGCUCACGGCCGCGCUUCCCCAUGUGCCGCCGCAGCUUGGAUUGACCUGAAACUUUGCACAGCAGCCAGUUGCGAUUUUAGACAACAGAUAUAUGCGUUUGAGCGGCAGAUAAAAAUGGAGGGAAGAUUGUUUUCGGACCCCUAGGGACCUUUUCUGAGCUUUCAGGCGAAGCUUUUCCUUCCAUCGGUGGUUUGAAUUUCCAUUAUUGCAUUGCCCAUACGAGCACGCGGAAUUGCCCAUACGCGUAUGAAACACUUCCAGAAGUACGAAGGUAAAAGAGCGAACGCGUGCAAUUUAUUGAACUACGAGCGUGCACAAGUCAGACAAACAGGGUUGUUUCACCCCACUUAUCAAUGCUCGGACUACCGAUGUUACGGCGUCAACGCACCUGUCGCACCGGCGUGUCCGCGAACUAGAGCGGCCGUAUCCGCCCGCGCGUUUCGCUGUGAGAAGACUUUUUUCUUGGAUUUACGAAGGCAAAAUGUCAACUGGGAGUACGUGUUGCCCUAGUACGGAAUCGAGUUUAGAUUCAAAGCGUCAAGAGGUCACCACGUGGGGACUUUCUCAAGCCGACUAUGCGGGUAAAACGCACCGUGAUUUUUUUCAUAAAAGUUCAAGUUUGUAGACCCACUCAAACUUCUUGUUCUUGUGUUAACAGCUUUGAAAUCCGUUUAUUCGGCAAACGGUGUGAACAGAGAGCAGGAUAUCUUGAGCAACUCAGAUCAAGUGCAAGUCCUUGAAAUGUUUCUUUACAAUUUCCCGCGAAUAUGUGGCCUUCGAAUGUUUACGUGCUUAUCGAGCUUGUCUGUUGUUCAGCAGUCCAUUAAUACGCUGGAGGGUCUUGUGGAUUGCAUUCACUUGAAUUCGCUGUGGGUAAUCGAAUGUAAGAUUUACAGGAUACAAGGACUUAAUAAAUGUACCAAACUCGAGCAACUGUUUCUCUACAGUAAUCGCAUUCAACGUGUAGAAAAUCUUGAAUCGCUAACUGCUCUCCGGGUGCUCUGGCUUUGUGACAACGAGAUCACAGUUGUUGACAAUCUUCAGGCGCUAUUUAACUUGGAAGAGCUCAACUUGGCUCGGAACGCUAUUACACAUGUUGGCGACAGUCUACUUGCCAAUACAUGUCUCACCAGUAUCAAUCUUUCAGAUAAUCUCAUAGCAAACUUUAAUGACGUUGCAACCCUCGCAAAACUUCCCAAGCUUGAAGACUUGUACUAUUCAGAUCCACAUUGGGGAGAUAAUCCAAUUAACUGUCUGGGAAACUACCAGACGUAUGUGAUAUUCAUGGUUCCUGCAUUAAAAUCACUCGAUUCUAUUCCUCUUUCGAAAGAAAUGAAGUCAAGGGCCGCAUCAACAUACAGGGAGAAGGAGCUGUACUACAAUGUGAAAACACAGACCUUUUAUCGUAACGUUAACGAUGUCUUGAAGGUUGGCAGUGAAGGUCGAGAGUCACUGAUUAAUAUCAUUGAGCACAUGAUCGGUGUUUUGCUUAGGCAAUCGAAAGAGACUGAGAAGGUGCUUCAGAGGUGUCGCCAUACGUCGAACACUUCAUCAUACUUCCCAGGUGUUGACUUGUUGACAGAAAUGCACUUUCGCCUAACCAACGCAAUAAAUCGUCUCGUACGAAAGGUGGGUGUCAUAAGAACACAAUACAACAGAUGCAGGUCGAAAGUAUGUGCAGAAUAUGAUUCGCAUGCAAAGCGAACGAAGGUUGAGCUCGCAAGUGGAGGAAACGUCAGAAUUGAAGUAUGUACACCAACAGACUCUUGGUACGCACCUUGUGCUGACUUUGUCUACAGCCGUUUUUUUGUCGAAGACUACUCGAAUGUUCCUGUCGAUAUCUUACCGACUGAUGUUUAUAUAAGCGGAAUACAAGUAAAUGGCGUAUUGCGUGUCCACAACCGCUACCUUAGGAAUCGCUUUGAACUUCGAUUGCCUCCUCUGCAAGAUAAGGUUGACCUAGAUGACACACUAGAAUAUGUUAUGAUUGGAGAGUGUCCUGAGCUUCCUGGAGAAUUGCACAACUGCAUGGAGCACGGUUUCAGGUCGCCCAUCGAGCACACCCUUGAGCGUGCUGGAUUGCUUACCCUAUGUGACUCGUUGAGCCUGGCUGAUUUGCCAAGACUUCUGGCUGUCAAACCCACUAGUUGCAGUGGAACUUCCGGAGAUCUUCAGAGUGAAGUGCUCAUUGCCAAAGUAUAUUUGGGAAGACAAAUCAGAUUAUCUGGUGUUCGACAAAACUUGCUGAAUUCAUUGCCAGGAGCUUAUCCGGGUUACGAUUCUGUAUACUGGUGUCAAUCAAAAAGGAACAAUAACCGGGCUUGGUACAUCUUUGAUCAGUCCUUAAUCCUACCCGAAUUCCUGGUUAAAUUCGAAUACAAAAGUUCCAUUUUACAAGCUCCACUACACUGUGACACUCGUGACAACUUGCUUUCUCAAUGGGUUUUCCCUCGUACUUUGAAUGCGACUGGAAUACUUCACAAGCUGGACACCUCGAACUCCGGCAUGAUAAAUAUGACAGAAAGUGUAAUUCUGACUUAUCUUGGUGCUCGGAGGUCUUCGGUCAAUGUGACGCAUAUCAACCUCUCCAGCAAUCGAAUUCAAAAGAUCGAAGGCCUUCAUACAUGUCCAUUCCUAGAGGCACUUGUGAUGCCUUUCAAUGAGCUAAGCAAAAUAGAAGGCAUAGAUAAUCUUAAACAUCUGAGACUGCUAGAUCUUGGUCACAAUUUAAUCAAACGUAUUGAUGGAUUGAACGGGAUCCCAAACUUAAAAGUACUGGAACUGAAUAACAAUUUAUUAUUUCGUUUGGAGGAUCUAAACACUUUAAGGAAAUGCACUCCUCGGCUCGACACUCUGAACUUGCGCUGCAACGCGAUAUGUGAAAAUAAAGCAUACAAUGGGUUAGUUCUACGACGACUACGAGCACUUCAUCACCUUGAUGGACUCCCGGUCAUGGAUAUCGACUUGCUUUCGGCAUUAAAAAGUACCUCAGUGCUUACUCCUUUGCUGAUUCUUCAAAAUGCCAAAUUCCACCAUCGAGUUGCGUCUAAGACUGGAUCAUGGUGUUCCCGAAGCGCAGUACUCGAUGCCGUCCGUAAGGAUAUGAAAGACUGGGGUGGGGAAGUGCAAGAGGUCGUUUUAGAGCAUCAGUGCCUACGCCGUAUUCAGAACCUGGAGCAACUCACAUCGAUGCGUAGAGCUAGUUUUCGUGACAACGCAAUAUCUUGCAUAGAAGGGCUCAGGCAUUGCACUGCGCUGGAGGAGCUCUCUCUCGAAGAAAAUGACAUUACAACCAUAGAUGGUUUACAGUAUCUUUUUUCCCUAAAAGUACUCAACCUGAGCAACAACCGCAUCUCACAGAUCGAGAACUUGUCACCAUAUGUGCCCCAACUCACCCAAUUAUCACUUGAAGGUAACGCCAUUACCAACCUACGGGGUCUCUCUGGGCUCAAUUCGAUUAUUGAACUCUACUUGAGUAAUAAUAUGAUCGAAGAACUAAGAGAAGUACAACAACUCAGGCACCUGCAAAAACUUGUCGUUUUGGAUCUUGGAGGAAAUCCUGUUAGCGAGGAAUUGGAUUAUCGCUGUUAUGUUGUAUAUAACCUACCUCACAUCAAGGUUUUUGACGGCAUAGUUGUGGAUCCUGCUGAAAGGUCUGUAGCAAAGGAUCGCUAUGCCGGAAUGUUGACACGGGAUGUUUUAGAACACAAGUCUGGGCGUCAGAAUUUCUAUGGUCUUCACCAUUUGGAUUUAUUCAAUAUGCGUAUUAGAAAUAUCGGAUCGACUUUCAUAACAUCUGAAUUUGACUGCCUCAGAGAAAUUAAUCUGGAUUCUAACCAGGUAGAGGACAUAUGUAUGCUAGCUGAGCUGCCCAACCUGACUGUCCUUCGCCUGAAGAGGAAUCGUCUUGAGGACCGUCCACUUUGGAGCACUCUUUUCAAGAAUAGGACUUCACAAGGGCUCCAAACUGAAAUAUCCAAUCACUUGAGAAAACAGGUAGUUUUAGGUUUACCAAGAUGUGAUGCCAGUGUCUCAAAGGGGGAUUUUAUUCAAUUAUCAGAGGUAAGCAUGCGACGACCAUUUCCGAGUCUGAACACCAUUUAUCUUGGCUCAAAUUCUAUCAAGUCGUUGCUUUACCUUCGACUUGACGUCAUCAGUUUAACUCUUCGGGAAUUGUUUAUUGAAGACAAUGCCAUUAGUCGGCUUCACGGUAUAAAUGUGAU